UGGCCCCUGCGUGAGUGGGGUGUCCGGAGGGCUGGGGGUGGGAGGGAGCACUCCUGUCCGCUGGCUGGCAACUGGACCAUGAGGCAGUGACCCCCAGACAAGCACUCGAUCGCGCGGAGCCUGGAACCCCAAGCCGCCGCCUGGACACUGUUGCUGGAUUACGAAGCACCUUCAGGAUGUCAAGAUGGACACCUCCCCAGGUGUGAGAAGGAGAGUGUGGAACACGACCAGAGUUUCCCCCAAAUCAGAGCAGUCUCCUUCUUGGACUCGUCCUGAGACCUACCCCCCAAAUUCCCAGGUAAUAAACACAGCAAUGCCCCCUAGCUUCCCUAGGAUGGGGUCUGCCAUACCCCUGCAGUCCAUGUGUCCUUACUGCGGAAACUACAUCAUCACGGUGCCCACGCGGGUGCCGGGGGUCCUCACCUGGCUGCUGUGCACGGGCCUGUUGCUUUUCGGGUGCUUCCUGGGCUGCUGCCUCAUCCCCUUCUGCGUGGACAGCCUGAUGGACGUGAAGCACCUGUGCCCCGUGUGCGGCAGCGAGCUUUUCCGCUACCGCCGCCUGUGAGCCUCCGUGAAAUAAAGCUCCCUAAGCCCCGGGGCUGUCGGCUGCGCUC